AUGGCGCGCCUCGCACUGAUAUCUACCGUGCUCUUUGGUGCUGCGCUCGCCCCGGCCGCUUUGGCGCAGUCCAACGACACGAACGGGACCACGAUCAUCGCGCCCCUCGACGCCGUGCCCCCCAUCGUCAUAGCUCCCGCCGUCGCCAAUGUCGACAUGCUGGCGUCGCCGACGCUCUUGUUGGAAAAGUCCACCGACCAAUCGUGGUUGGCGCCGCCGCGCAACUUGCAUCCGUCGGUCCUGGCCUCCGGCAUCCCCAUCCCCACGAAUCGAUGGUGGGGCAACCUCAUUUCGACAGGGAAAGAUGUCAAGGAAGUGCUGCGCGUGUGGACCAACCCGUAUGCGGUCGCGAUGCUGCCUACGGGCAUCCAAGUGUCGUACCCGGCGGCGACUCGGGCAUUUGGCGGCGCGUCCGGCAACCCAGGCGCUUCCCGAUACUACCUCCACGGCGCGCAGAACGACCUAACGUUGUCGGCCGCCGAGUUUUCGUCGCUGGCGGCCGAAGCCACAUCCGCCAACUUUCAAGUGACGUCGUGGGAUGACCUAGGCGUGACGGUGCGCAAGGACGUGGGUGCGGCAGCGUCGAUGACGUCGGUGUUCGUGAGCGGCAUGGCGUUUGCAACCGCCACCUACGUGUCGCUCGUGCCCGCGCUCACGACCCAGCACGCGAUUCAAUCCGUCAAUGGCCGCGCGCUCAAGGAAGGCGAGGCGGUGUCUGGAACCAAGUUUGUCGUCGCGCUCGCCAACGGCCAGACGUGGGUCGUGUAUGCGUCGAUGGAGGUAUCGUUGGCCGCGCAUUUGACGACGCAGCUCGUCGCGGCGACGUCGUUUUCGGGAACGUUGCAAGUCGCGUUGGCGGCCAGCGCGACCGACAUUGCAGUGUACGACUCGUACCGCGACUGCGCUGUCCAAGGCGGCACCGUUGUUCCUGCCACCACGAGCUACACGUUUCGGUGGGCUACCACGGGAGUGUGCGCCGCUGGCCUCCUCCACUUUGCUCUGUUGCAUCAUGCAGACACGAUGGACGGUGCGACGGCCCGCCAGGUGAACCUAACGCACCUGGCCUCGACGACGCGAGGCGCCAUGGUGCCGUUUGUGUCGGCGACGGCGACGUGGACGCUGCAAGAGCCCAAGCUCGUGUCCGCCGGGAUGUUUCCUCGGCAACGUCCGACCGCGGCACGCGUCACGGCGACAGACAUGCGGCGCCACCUCACGGACGACAUCCACGCGCCGUGGACGCUUCCACUGGACGGGUCGUACUACUUUAACGGGAAAGCCGCACAAAAGUACGCGUCGCUGUGCUUGAUGGCGGCGGACCCGGCAGUGUCGUCGGAUGCUACAUUGCUCGCAACGUGCCGCGGCAAGCUCGAAAAGUUGCUCGCGCCGUUCGCGUCGAAUGCGUGGACGUACAAGCUCGUGUACGACGCAGUGUACAAGGGCAUCGUGAGCAGCCAGGGCUUUGUCCAGAAGGACCUGAACGCCGACUUUGGCAACACCAUGUACAACGACCACCACUACCACUUUGGGUACUGGAUCGCGACCGUCGCAAUCGCCAACGCCGUCCACCCGACGAUGGCGUCGCUGCCCCAGCUGAACCAACUGGCUGCGCUGCUUGCCCGCGACGUCGCCAACGACAACGGCGCCGACACCGCGUUCCCCACGUUUCGCAUGUUUGACUGGUUCCGCGGCCACUCGUACUCGCACGGAGUGACCGCGCUCGCGGACGGCAAGGACCAAGAGAGCUCGUCGGAAGAGGUGAAUUUUCACUACGGUCUCAUGCUGUUUGGUCAAGCUGUCGGGAACGCGAACGUCGAGCGCCUCGGCCGCCUCAUGCUCACGCUGAACGCGCGGUCGAUUCAAAUGUAUUUUCUCAUGGAUAGCGCGAACCGCAUCCAUCCGCCAGCGAUCCGCGCCAACAAGGUGACGGGCAUCUAUUUUGACAACAAGGUCGACUACGCGACGUGGUUUUCGUCCGAGCGCCACUGCAUCCACGGCAUUCAAAUGAUUCCGGUCUCCCCCGCGACAGAGUUUGUCCGCACAACGCGGUUCGUGCAGGAGGAAUGGACCGACAUCCUCGCGCACACUGCCAUCGUCAAGCAAAACACCGAGUCGAAUCCGUGGCUGUCGCUCCUCCUCACCAACUACGCCGCGAUCAAUCCCGACGACGCCAUGAAGAAGCUGCAGACUGCCGCCAUGGACGACGGUUCGCGGCAGAAUGAAGCAUUGGCCGCUCCGGUGAUGACCCGACGCCAACGAAAAACUACGAACUUGGCUCUUCCAGAACUCGCUCUGCCCACGAAGCGCCGUGCAAGAGUGAACUUGCCUGACGCGUCGACGACGAUGUCUUCGAGAGAAGACACCGAUUCCACGACUUUUGACCACGACGACCAGAUCGUCUUGCUUCUCGACAAACUCACGACACGCAGGCGAAGGAAACCUGAACUACCGGCAGGGGUCAAGCUUGUGAACCCCCAUUACAGCAGCGGCACGGACGAAGAUGACAUGGAGGAAGCCGACACGCCAGGAGUCGGUCAGGGGUUUCCUCCAUCGCUUCGAACCCUUGAGAAGGACACAGCUCUGAUGAAAAAGCAAUAUCCAGGUCUGAGCGUUGAUGUGAUUGAACAAGUCCUGGUCGAUACCAUUCCAAAGCAGGAGAACCAGCAUUCGUACAACUCGAUCCUCACGGAGGCUGCCGCUCGUCUCGAAAAGCUUCACAACGAGGUCGUGAUGGCGCGGCGACGGACCCUGCGCCACAUCGAUUGA